AACCUGGACGUUGGAGGAAGCGGCGCUCGAGCCGCGGACUCGGAGUCGCAGCGCGGCGGAGCAACGGCCUAUCCAGAAUUGGCGCGAGGGGAAAGUCACAGUGUGCGCGUGAGCCUCCGUCCGUGCGUGUGCGCGGGCCGCGAGUCAGAGCCGGAGCCGGUUGCGAGUCUCGUGAAUCGCGCGCCGAUGCGUGGCCUUCCUCUCGCUGCCGCUGCGCCCAAUCCGUCCCGUUGAUGCUGGACGCGAGAAGGACGGGAAUUGCCGCGAAGGCAACUGCACGACAAAGAGGGACCUACGGUCGGACUCGGCAGCCGCCACCGCUACCGCUACCGUCGCCGCUCCCGUUAUUGUUGUUGCUGUUCCUGCUACUGUUGAUGCUGUUGUUUAUGCCACUGCUGCCGCCCGCUCCUUAAAAUUGGUUGUUUUGCAGUCUUUGGUGGUGUGCUCGGUGUCUCUGCCGCAAAACCGAAGCUGGGUCAACGAGAGAUGCGGGAGGGAUUCCGCGCACCCGGUAGCACAGUCGAGGAAGCGAACAGACAUCGCCGACGAUCUGGAAUGAACCUCGUGCAAGGGAGCACCUCCCCCCGCGUCCCAUACUUUGCCUGACGAGUAACUACGAGCCGAGGAAACACUGUGUCAGGAAAAUGCCAGCUCUGAAAUUAUUUGGUCGAAAAUGGCUUACUGCCACAGAUGAUCUCGUUUAUCCUGGACUUUUCGAAAUAUUUAUUAGAAUUAUAUGGUUCGUGCUAAUAGGAGUUGCUUGCCUAAGAUAUUACGCGGAAACAUGGAAAUGUCAAUUGGGUGGAGAUCUUGUAAGAGUCUUUCUAGUAGGAGAAAUGACUAUACUUGGAAUUAUUACAAUCUUAAUAGUUUUCAUAGUGAAUCAUAGCGCGCGUGGCUCAAUAACUGAUACGUAUGCACGUCGUUAUGUACAGCCUCUUCUCACAGUUAAAGUGCUGCUGAUACCUCCAGAAAUAGUAUGGAAUAUCCUGGGCACACUAUGGUUAUUCAGCGAUGGGGUGCACUGUAGCAGCGAGUACUAUACGAUCGGAGUUGUAGAGGCGCUCGUACUAUUCGACUGGGUAUUGAUCGGUUUAACGAUCCUUGGAUUAGCAUUGAUCUUUGAUCCGCUGGGAUCGCUUGGCCUCCAGGAUAACGAGCUGGAGGAUUCGGUCGAGCACGGCAAGGUGUCGAGGAUCUGGCUAAGGCGUUUCAAGUUUUUCUGGUGGAUGAGGCGAGACGAGAGUGCCAACGAGACUUUUCAACAUGUUGCUGGGUUCUUAAGUGCUCUUUUCCGUGGAACGGAUUUGGUACCAUCCGAUGUUAUGGCGGGAUGUGUACUCUUAAGAGUCCGACAAAAACGAGAAACGCUUGAACUUAAACGAUUGAAUAUUCUCGAGCGACCUAAAUAUAGUACUGUCGGAAUCAACAUAUUCGCUGAAGCCCCCUCCUGGAUGUCAUUGGAUUGGGCUCACCACUACAUCCAACUCUCGAUCGCUUCAUACGGCUGGUUAUUUGUUAUUUACAGGCAUGCCUGCACCGGCUGUUUUCGGCUUGUGCGCGAGAUGACGUGUUGUGCGUGCUUACGGAGAAAGCGAAACAUCAUACUCGACGACAAUUGUUGCUUGUGUAGUUUGUCGGGGGUAAAAACUCUUUCUAAACUCUCCGAGGACGACAUACUUUUCGCGUCUUUUAGAAAUCACUUGUGUGAGAUACCGUUUUGUGUACUGGCCGAUCACAAAACAUCGAGUAUAGUAAUUGUCAUCAGGGGCUCUUUAUCUUUAAGAGAUCUUAUUACGGACAUUGCGGCAGCUUCAGACUUCUUUGAACCAGAAGGUCUUCCUCCGGGUAGCAUGGCUCACAGAGGUAUGAUUGUAGGAGCAAAAGUGCUAUUGAAACAAUUAGAUCAAUACAAAGUUCUUGAUAAUGCAUUUAAGAUAUAUCCACAUUACAAUCUUACGCUUACAGGGCAUAGUCUCGGUGCUGGAUUAGCAGUGCUGUUAGGUACUUUAAUACGACCCCGAUAUCCUAAUUUAAGGGUUUACGCUUUUUCAACGCCAGCUGGAUUGCUGAGCAGAGAAGCUGCAAGAGUGACAGAGGAAUUUGUAUUAUCGAUAGGAUUGGGAGACGAUUUGGUUAUGCGACUUAGCGUUGACAGUAUGGAAAAUUUUCGAACCUCAUUGUUAAUUACGCUACAGGCAUGUAGACUCCCUAAGUACAGAGUUGUGCUUAAUGGAUUUGGUUAUGUACUAUUUGGGGUUCCUGAUCGAGAUUUAAAUAGAACCUGGAGAAAUGGCAAUACAAUUAACUCCAUUCCAGGACAAUUACCUCUUUUAUCUGAAACAUCAUUCAUUCGACAAACGGAAACGACUAUUUUAGAAAAAGAUGUUACAAGAAGGAGAUACUCAAAAGUCAGACUUUAUACAGCGGGUAGAAUACUGCAUAUUGCUCGAUGCAAGUCGGCAUCGAAAGAAAAGAAAAGGUUUUCUCGUUUACGUAUUUACACUUAUGAAUAUAAUCAACGUGCUUAUAUUAAUAUUAAAUUGGCAUAUUUCAGGAAGCAAAGUAAUAAAGAAAAGAAAUUUGAGAUGCGAUGGGCGCACCCAGAAGAGUUUAUGGAAUUAUCUGUGAUGCCUCGUAUGCUUUUGGACCAUUUGCCAGAGAAUGUGGAAGAAGCUCUAGCAACUCUAGUCCAACAACAACAAGAUCUGCCUUUCAUACUCUGAUUCUUUAUGAAUAUAUUUAAUAUGUUUAUCAAUGAUCGUAGAUCGAUAAAUUAAAAUGGAAUUUUAUCAUUUGUAGUGAAUCGAUAAUAAAAGUUUGUUAAUUGUAAUGAAGUUUUGGCCACUUUAUUAUUGAAGUUAAAAGCCGGAUUAGAUAAAUUGUCGAGGUUUUCAUAGUGAAUGCUAUUCCAUACUUAUAAUUAAAUUUCAAUAAGACGGUGAUU